AUGAAAAAUCUUAUUUGUUACACUUAUUCAUCAUAUAGGGAUUGGAUUCAUAUAUAUAAAGAGAAUAAUAAAAACCUUACCUAUAGUAAAGCUGUGAAUACACUUGUAAAGAGCCUUCGUAAGAUUGCUAAUAAAAGUUCAAAUUCUGCAAAAAUUCAGAAAGCUAAAAAUCUUCUAAAUGUGAAUAUUUGUCCUUAUAUGGAAAAUGUCCUUUGCAAUAAUCUUUUAGAUAAUUGUGGUUGUUCACAACAAGAAAAACAUAACUUUUAG